AUGGAUCAGCAGACAUUGGACAUGGUUAAUUGGGUUGAUAUGGACAGAGUCACUGAUGUUUAUGUUCAGCAUAGUAAGCCAAAUUUGUGUAGCCAAAGUCAAUGUUCAAAAACAUGUGAUGCUGAGAAUGCAAAUGAAGAAUCUGGAAUUUUGAUGAGAAUGACUCGUACUCAGCAGGGUCGUCCUCUAAGUAUGCAGAGUUUUUAUGAUAGUGAAUACGACAUGAUUGAUGAUCAAUUGUAUGAUAAUUUUGUGGAUCAUUAUGUUGAAUUUGUUGGUGUUAACAAAGGGAAAAUACUUGAGAAAAAGGAAGGGGUUGAUGGUGUUAGAAGCACAAUAAUGGAUGCCAAUAAUAAGUUUUAUGGUGAAGGCUAUGACACAAAUGAGUUAGUCAGUAUUAGUGGAUCAUCAUCAGAUGAUGAGGAAGGAGGAAAUUUCAAGAGACAAAUG